AUGGUAGCAUUUGGGAGAACGACAUCACUGCUUCUACUCCUGCUGCAAACUGCAUUUUGCAUACGAGAUCAAGACUUCGUUCAUGGCCUACAGGAGGAGGAGGCGAAGGAGACGAAGGAAGUGAGACAAAAAGCUGCAAUUAGGUUCCCGCGUACCCUCUCGAAACCCGCCUUCGCAGAGCUUUCAAGUUACGUUUGGCGACGCUUGCGGGAGAGCGCCCAGUCGCAAGAAGAGGAGGAACUGAGAGACAGGAUACGUAAGCCGACUCUGCCGCGCUUCUUUUCACCUACGAGCACCAACCCGACCGCGCUCCGACUGCCUGAUUUUGGGGAAGAGAGACCCUUCAGUCUCGGAGCUAUAAAUCCUCUGCCUGAAAUGCUUCAGCUCCUUGGUGGUGCCGAGGCCUAUAACAUGGACAUCAUGUCGUACAGCAAACCAUGGGAGGUUGUCCUCCAUCCGCAGGGCAGCUUCGAAUUUUCUAUGACGACACAGUCUGCUUGGCACCAAAGAGGAGGAGAAUCCCUGAAUGCAGGCAAUUCUUCGUCUGCAGAUGAGUUGGGGGAUAUGGGACGUAUUAUAAAGAGACGGUUGAGGGCCCUUCAACGCCUCCGGAACAGACAGGUUCGCGCUGCACAUCGCCAGUCCCGACACACUUUCACAAUGACCCGCCUGGACGAUGAUGCCAGCUCGGCCACCUCCCGUCUGCGAGCCAGGAUGCGAAAGCAGCGUCGAAGAACUAGGUGGCGGGGCGUCCGCCUUCUGGAGGAGUACUCAAGUUGUCCGGUAUGGCGGACCUGGCGUGACUAUGGCCCCCAGUUUUGGCCACGUUGGGUGCGGGAGGGUAGGUGCGUAGAUGUGGCCGGAACCUCCUGUUCUUGGCCGCCAGGAAUGCACUGUGUGGAGGCCGGACGCACUGUUGCUCUCAUUCUGCGCUACAUCUGUCUCCAAGCCUGGCCUCUGGAUCGCUGUCGUUGGUACCGUGUACCCCUGCCUCUGGUCACUUCCUGUCGCUGUAACAGUUGUAGCCACACACACAAAACUGGAGUUGGCGGGCCGUAG